UAGGAGCUCCAUUCCCUGUUUUCCUGCGUGCCAUUAUUAAGCGCUAUCUAGCUAGCACAUUGGAAUAAUUCGGAAAAAUUAGAUAACACGACAAAAUAAGAAAACGGCGAGAAUACGGGUAUAGGUUAAAAAAAAAAAAUUUAAAAAACGUUUUGCAUUACUUUGAAUAGUCCGAAUGUGAGACGACACCUCGCUUGGAAUGAUUUCAUCCGCAUUUAUGUUCUGCAUUUGAGAUUUCUUUCAUCCGCGCAGCUGCAUUAUGCGGACGGUUAUAUUUUAGGCUGGCUGGCUGUGUAGCAGUCUAUUCGUGCAAUGCACCGCUCAAAACGUCUCACAAUUAUUUUUCCUACACGUGGAGGAUCAGAGCCGCACAGAGAAUGCUUAAACAUGGGAUAGGCGUUUUAUGUGGUCAGUAUUUAUCUGCUAUGAUUUUGAAGAUCCGAGGUCAGAGACAGACAGCGGCUGUCCUCAAACGCGUCAUAGCCCACUUCUGCUGGAUGCAAAGAAAGAAAGACAGACUUGAGAUAGCCUUCUGACUCUUUAAAUAUUUAAGAAAACGGACUCUUCAAAACUGAAGAUAUGCUAGUCUCUGUCUAACAUCGUCUACGCUUGAUCUUCUAACAAUACAUUUUAAACAGAGAAGUCACGUAUGAGAGAGCCCAUGACCAGGCUCCAAAAUUACCCCGAACUAGGACGCAGCCUAAAAAUUGAUCCAAUGCGAAAUGCACCAGCUUCUCCAGUUGGAAUGUCGCCUACGGUAUAUACAUACAAAAAAAUACCUUCAUCAACACACAUUUACAUUGAACCUUAUUGCACAUCGCAACAAGGAGGACUCCUGAAUUUGUCCUGAAUCGUUCCAAAAAUACUGCAAUUUAGAUCCCGGACAUCAACAACUUUAAUGGCUUUUGUGUUAAGAAGAUGGAGAGUGUUAUUGGUGCUGAACGUGGUUGCGGUUGCGGGGUUCAUGACACUUUGGACCAAGUGCACCCACACCCGAGUAGCAAAAACCAUCGGUCAGGAAGAUGUGAAAAGACAAUCACGAUCUAACGGCACUGCUCAAGGUUUGAGCAUCAGUCAUGAAGUAUUGCUAAAGAGGCUCGGGUCGUUGGAGGACGUGGUUUACAGACAGCUUAAUGGUCUGUCCAAGUCCCUGGGGCUGAUCGAGGGUUUUGGGGGGCGAGGUAAAGGGGGGUUCCCCGCCACCCUAGCCUCAAAAGAAGAGGCUGAUGCCAAAGUACUGAGGGAGAAAUAUGGAUACAAUGCUUACCUCAGCCAAAAGAUAUCACUGGACCGGUCCAUACCAGACUUCCGGCCUAGCAAGUGUAAAAAGGCCAGCUUCCCCAGGGAUCUUCCAAACAUCUCCCUUAUCUUCAUCUUUGUCAAUGAGGCGUUGUCAGUAAUCCUCCGCUCCGUCCACUCAGCUGUCAAUCACACACCGGCUCACCUCCUCAAAGAGAUCAUCUUGGUGGACGACUACAGCGAUGACGUUAUAUUUGGUUGUGUCCCAGAACAACUGAAAGGGCCGUUGGAGGAUUAUGUAAACAAGCGUUACCCAGGUAUGGUGAAAAUCGUGAGGAACCAGAAGCGAGAGGGACUGAUCCGUGCCCGCAUCGAGGGCUGGAAGGCAGCCAGUAGCGAGGUGACGGGUUUCUUCGAUGCCCACGUUGAGUUCACACCCUCCUGGGCUGAGCCGGUUCUGAUCAGAAUCAAAGAGGACCACAAGAGGAUCAUCCUGCCCUCCAUCGAUAACAUCAAGCACGAGACUUUUGAGCUGGAGCGCUACGAGAACUCUGGCCAUGGCUACAAUUGGGAGCUGUGGUGCAUGUACAUCAACCCCCCCAAACAGUGGUGGGAUGACGGGGACACCUCCGCACCCAUUAGAACUCCUGCAAUGAUUGGUUGCUCCUUUGUGGUCAACCGCGAGUACUUUGGGCACCUGGGGCUGCUGGACUCUGGCAUGGACGUCUACGGAGGAGAGAACAUUGAACUGGGGAUCAAGGUGUGGCUGUGUGGGGGCAGUAUGGAGGUGCUGCCCUGCUCCAGAGUGGCUCACAUCGCCAGGAUGAAGAAGCCCUACCACAGCAACAUAGCUUCCAGCACGCGGCGUAAUGCCCUGCGUGUGGCCGAGGUCUGGAUGGACCAGUAUAAGUCCCAAGUCUACCUGGCCUGGAACAUUCCAAUGGAGAACCAUGGGAUAGACUAUGGGGACAUUUCUCAGAGGGUAGCCUUGAGGAAGUCUCUGCAUUGUAAGAACUUUGAGUGGUACCUGGACAACGUCUAUCCAGAGAUGAGGAGGUACAACAACACUCUCUUUUAUGGGGAGAUUCGUAGUAGCAAAGCGACCCAUCUGUGUAUGGACCAGGGAGAGAAGGUAAACCACACGGCCACCCUGCACCCCUGUCACGGAAUGGGACCUCAGUUGGGUCGGUACACCAAGGAGGGCCAUUUUUUCCUCGGCGCUCUGGGCAGUACAGGGGACGAAACACGCUGUCUGAUGGACGACCAGGUCUCCAAUUUCCCUCAGCUCCUCAACUGUGACAAAGUCUCCAACACCAGGCUGACCACAUGGCACUUCUCUCAGAACGAGUCGAUCAUCAACAGAGCCACGGGUCGCUGUCUGGAGGUGAUACAGGCUAACGUUUACUUCGGACACUCGCUGGUGCUUCAGACCUGCUCCGGACAGAGGUGGAACAUCAAAAACACAAUGAAGCAGUAGCCACAGCAUGAUGCAGAAUUCUUCUUUGGCCAAGAUAGUGUUAUUGUACUGAAUUGUAUCAGAUGUCAUACUGUAUUAUUACAAUUAUUCACUUGGUGUUAACAGUUGGACUUUUCCAAGAUUGUCUUCCAAUAAACUGCUGGUCUGAUGGUA